AUGGUACGCUUCAUCGCAGAUACUCGUAAAUCGCCUGUGAAAAACCAAUCCCUCUUGGUGAUUGGGGCGGGUCUACCGCGGACCGCAACCUCCUCACUCCAGGCCGCACUAGAAGACCUAGGUUGCGGCCCAUGCUUGCACAUGGCACACAUCAUCCCCCACGCAGAGCGCCAGAGUCUCCUCAUAGAUGCGUCUCGUGAAACAGACACUGCAAGACGGCACAAGCAAAUCCACAAGCUGGUCGAUGGCCAUGGCGCCGUCGUCGACAUGCCGGCAAUUUUCUUCCUCGAGGACCUCAUGCAUCUCUACCCAGAGGCGAAGGUGGUGCUGAGCAGUCGGCCGGAUCCUGAAAUAUGGGCACAGAGCGUCCGGGAUAGUAUGAGCUUUUUCUUCUCGAGGCGCUUUUACUGGAUUGGUCUUUUGUGGCGCACCGACCGUCUCUGGUAUAAGUUGAAUAUGCGAAUUAUCGAGUGGUGUCGGGAGAAGAUUGGGGAGGGCGAUAUUUUCUCGGCUGAAUUUGCGGUAAGGUAUGAUCAGCGUGUUAGGGAGGUUGUCACGGCGAGUGGUGGUGAGGUUCUGGAAUUCCGCGCUGAGGAUGGCUGGGCACCGCUGUGUGCGUAUCUUGGAAAAGAAGUUCCUGAUAAACCAUUUCCAAAGGUGAAUGAGAGGGCGACGUUUGCUUUGGUCAGAAGAAUUCUGGUUGUGAAGGGGUUGGUCAGUUGGGCUGCACUUGGAGGUGUGCUGUGGUUUGGCUGGAGAUAUGUGCCGAAAUACUUAAUGUAG